AUGCUCAUUUUGAACUCUCGCAAAGCCAUUCAAGAUCUUGUCAUCAAUAAAGCUGCGAUAUUUGCCAAUCGUCCCAAAUUGACGAUGGCCGGCGAACUGGUUGGCUGGGAGAAAAUUAUUGGACUGACUAAUCAGGGCCAUCGGUUCACACAGAUGCGCAAGUUAGCCAACCAAUACCUAGGGAAGUCCGCCAUGCAAAACUUUCUCCCGGUAAUUGAAAAAUCAGUGCACGAGUUUUUGGGGCCAUGCUGGGCAUCGCCAGGCAGCUUUGAGAAAAUCUUCAAGUUCACCGUGUCGAAGAUUAUACUUGAGUCUCUGUAUGGGAUUACUCCUAAGUCACCUGAAGACCAGUUCGUCAAACUGUUGAGCGGCGCGGCGCAUAUUUUCGGUGAUUCGAGCCAGCCCGGAGCGUUCCUUGUCGACACAUUUCCCAUAUUAAAGCAUGUUCCAUCUUGGUUCCCAUUCGCCGGAUUCAAACGUCAAGCAAAGAUUUGGGCCAAGUCCGUUCACGACUUCGUGGAAUUACCAUUCAAAACAACGGAGAGAGAUGUUCUUGAAGGAGCAAGCAACACGUCCUUUACGGCCAACAUCCUGAGGGAUAUAGGGUUAGGAGUAGAUCACGAAGAUCUCAAAUUCCUCUCAGCAGCUCUCGCGGGUGGUUCUGUGGACACUACGGCAUCUACAAUUGGGACUUUCAUCCGCGCUAUGAUCCUUAAUCCAGAGGCCCAGAAGCGGGCCCAACAAGAGAUUGAAUCUGUGAUAGGAUGUAGUAGAUUACCUACAUUUUCUGACCGAGAGAGCCUUCCAUACGUUGAAGCUAUCUUGAAAGAAACAUUACGAUGGCAGCCCAUCGUGCCAACUGCCAUCCCGUACCGAUCUUCGGAGGACGUUGAAUAUGAGGGAUACUUAAUCCCAAAGAACACAAUUGUUAUCGCGAACUCCUGGCAUAUAACGCGAGAUGAGACCCUGCAUCGUGACCCAGAAUCCUUCAUUCCUGAACGUUUCUUGGACUCUCCCACCUUCCAAUUCGCCGCUGAAGAUGGAAAGACACCACUUGAUCCUACGACAUAUGCCUUUGGGAAAUGUCCUGGGAUGUACUUUGCCGAUUCGAUGCUCUGGUUCACCAUCGUUACGCUUCUCGCUACAACUCGUAUUUUGCCUGCAAAAGAUUCGAGUGGGAAGGAUAUCUUGCCGACGAUGGAAUAUACAGGAGGGAUGGUCCGGGAGAUUCUUCCAACGCCGUAUCAUCUUGAACCACUUUCUGCCAAGCAUGCGACAAUUGUAUCGGAUUUAGUCACUCCCGCCGAGUAA